UAUGGGGAUGAUGAAUAGAGUGUUUAGUAGGGUACGACGUCUGGAUGCGUACCCUAAAGUAAAUGAGGAUUUCUAUAGCCGGACGCUUUCUGGUGGUGUAAUUACAUUAGCUUCAUCUAUUGCAAUGAUAUUCCUUGUGUGCUCUGAGCUAGGACUAUAUCUCCAAACAGUAACAGAAUCAAAGCUUGUAGUUGACACUUCAAGAGGGGAAAAGAUUACAAUAAAUUUUGAUAUCACAUUUCCUGCGGUUUCUUGUACUCUACUCAGUCUUGAUGCCAUCGACAUCAGUGGGGAGCAACAUCUUGAUAUUAAACAUGCUGUAAUGAAGAACAGAAUCGAUCCUAAUGGCAAUGUGAUUCAAGUGAGAUAUGAUCAUAUUGGGGUACCUAAGUUUGGUAAGCCAAUUCAGAAACACGGUGAAGAGAUUGGACAUAAUGAAACAUAUUGUGGUUCAUGUUAUGGUGCAGAGAUUUCAGAAGCUGAAUGUUGUAACUCAUGUGAUGCGGUUCGUGAAGCAUAUCGAAAGAGAGGAUGGGGAUUGAUGAAUCCUGAUUUGAUUGACCAGUGCAAAAGAGAAGGAUUUGUUCAGAGGAUUAAAGCUGAAGAAGGUGAAGGAUGCAAUUUGUAUGGGUCAUUAGAAGUCAACAAAGUGGCUGGAAAUUUUCACUUUGUCAAAAGCUUUCAUCUGGCAAAUAUGCAAGUACCCCAUGAUACUAAGGCCUUCCAAGAUGAUAGUUAUAAUAUAAGCCAUAAGAUAAAUAAACUUUCUUUUGGAGGCCAUUAUCCUGGUAUAAUCAAUCCACUUGAUGGUGUGCAAUGGAUUCAAGGAACUCCAAAUGGAAUGUAUCAGUAUUUUAUAAAGGUGGUACCAACUGUUUACACUCCUCUUAGAGGCCCGAUUAUUCGCUCAAAUCAGUUCUCUGUGACAGAACAUUAUAAGGGUCCAGACACUGGUCAACGGGCACUUCCUGGAGUCUUCUUCUUUUAUGACCUCUCUGGAAUUAAGGUGAAUUACGCAGAAACACGGACUUCCUUCUUACACUUUUUGACCAAUAUUUGCGCAAUAGUUGGAGGCAUCUUCACAGUUGCGGGGAUCGUAGAUUCAUUUAUUUACCAUGGUCAGAGGGCCCUAAAGAAGAAAAGAGAAAUCGGAAAAUUAGGAUAAAGUGAAAAUGGUCAUAUA